GUGAGUGAUGAGAGGUUAUAUUUUUUCAUUCAGAAUCAAUUGCUCUCAAAUUUUUCCAGAAUGUUUCACAGCUUUUGUAAACUCUGUCAAGUUACGAGAACCCGCACGAAUAACUUGGGAAGAUUUUCGACAACAUUGCACAGUAAACAAUCUCAUGCCAACACGAUUCCUGCAAGUACUGUGUAUGAAGGAGAUGAACUUGAGGCUGAGAAAAAUGAGCCGGAAAUUGUACCACAGGAUAAUCGAAAACCGAUAGUUCUGUGCAAGAGGAAAGAGUUCAAUUUUUAUAAAGGCACAACUUUCAAAAAGUUUGAUACGAUACCAGUGGCUUCAGAGGGGUGGCAUCACGUGAAAUCGAAAGGCGAUUACUUCACGAUUUAUCCGGACAUAGAUGACGACGAUAAUGAAGUCCUGGACGAAGAUGAAACGACUUUCAAAGACAUCGGACUUGGCCCUGAGGUUCAACAGCUCGUGCAAAGGCUGGGAUUGGAGAACCCAACGAGAAUUCAAAAGAUGGCGAUUCCUGAAAUACUCAAUGGGCAAAAUACAAUAAUUCAGGCAGAGACUGGAACUGGAAAAACUUUUACGUAUUUAUUACCGAUGAUUGAUCAGAUUCUGAGGUGGAAGCCUUUAUUACCGGAAAGACGACCAAAUUCUCCUCUCGCUUUGAUACUCGUACCGAGUAGAGAAUUGGUGUUCCAAAUUGGAACAGAGGUAAAAAAAUUGGCUAGCGGUUUAGAUAUAAGUAUUCAAACUGUCAUCGGUGGCAGAACGAAGAGAAUAAUGCGUAAUCCAUCAGUGAAGAUCGUUGACAUAUUGAUUGGAACCGUUGGUAUCACCAGUAAAUUGACGACGACCCGAAUUUAUAAAUUGAAUGAAGUGCGCCAUACAGUAUUAGAUGAGGCUCACGCUCUAUUUCAUGAGGCGUUCGAUGCAAAGCUGUCCAUUUUUCUCAAGAGAAUCAAUUUUGGUUUUAAACAUAUUGUCAGUAAUACUCAGACACCUGACAGCAGUCAAUUAACCAUGGUCUCAGCUACAAUGUCGGAUAAACUACCUGCAUAUCUAGACAAUUGUUUAAAUACGGCCUCUAUCGUUCCUAUUCAGACCCGCAGCAUCCACAGAGUCCUCGUCCCCCAAAAAUUCUGGCGUCUCGGUGCCCUCCAGAAGCCCGCAGCUCUUUUAAAAUUCAUAAAAUCGAGAGCUCUUCGCAAGGAAGGAACAAUAAUCUUCAGCAACAAUGCAGCAACAGCUGACUGGGUGUCAAUUUUCCUGAACCAAAUGAAUAUAAAAACCGUCUCUGUGAACGGUAAUCACCCAAUAGAAAUUCGUCGAGACAAUUACUGGGAGUUUCGCAAUGGCAAAGUUCACAUUUUGUCAGCGACCAAUUCCUCGGGGCGAGGACUGGACACAGUAACAGUGGAUUACGUCAUAAAUUACGAUUUUCCACUGAACACAGCUGAUUAUAUUCACAGGUGCGGUAGAACGGGUCGAGUGGGUAGCAAAACUCCUGGCCGAGUAAUUAACUUCAUAUGCCAUCCGUUGGAAAUAAAAUUGGCGAAAAAAAUUGAACGAGCAGCGAGAAGGGGAAGAGCUCUACCAAUCUUCGAUUAUCUGGAGCAGAUUGAAGAGAAGGCGAUGGAUGAAGAGCUCAAACAAUUGCUGGGAUCAGUACCCAAGGAUGAAUAAAAAAAAAAUAUGAAAUCCAUAACAUGUACGUUUUCAAUAUUGCUUCGUAUUUCAACUGUUGUAUAAAUCUUUUUAUUUAAAAAAGUGUCUCAGUUCUUUA